GUUUCAACAAUACAACCGAACUCUAAUGUAAACUCAAAAAGGUAAAUAAUAUCUGACAUAAUAUAACGCUGGACUAUGAUUAACAAUGGAAAGAAUGCCAAAAAUUCUUCAAUGGUGGUUGAUAUUCUAUAUCUGGAUUAUUGUUUUAUACCGUAAUAGUUGUGUGAGCUGAAAACAAUUACAUUUAUAUACAGAAGUUUUUAUGUAACAGAUGGUGUUCCAACCAAGGAGAAAUGUAUAUGCAUAUAAAUACACAAACAAUAUUAAGGGCGACAAUUUGAGUCAGACCUAUUUCCGUUACAGUAAAUACUUUCACAUAUUACAGUACUAAGUCAUAAUAUUUAACUAUCCUAUUGAUUUUAGUAUUUACCAACCUCUACUUGGUAAAGCGUGUGUACUCCGACUAUUGAGGGAAUAUAAUAUAAAGGAAUGAAGAAGAUCAUCAGAUACUUACAAAGGAAAACCUGAUAUGUGAAAAGGAAACGAAUUGUGUACAAGUAUCUGAACAGGAACAAUUCACAAGCUUUAGAUUUUAAUCAGUUCUAAGUCAUACAAAACUUGCAAUCAUGAAAAUAAUGAUGAAGGAUACAGAAAUAUGUGGAAAUAUUUGACAUUUGAUUUGAGAUAUCAGCGUCAGACGUAUAAAAGUGAUAACAUUUUAUUCAUAUCAACAUUAAUAAAAAGAAGGUCUUAACCAACUACAGUGUUUGCUUUGAAGGUCCGUUGAAAUCUCUGUGUAAUACAAACAGUCUGAAUUUCUGUAUAAAGGAUACACUAUUCAAAAAGAUGGCUUCUCUUUCUCCAGAGGAAGAAAACUAUGUUAGGAUGAGUUUAUUGCUGACAGGGAUUUCUCCACGUGCAGCUAGAGCCUUAUUUGAUCGUGAAUUCCACCCAUCUUGUUUGGACUCUUCUUUGAAAAAGGCAUACAACAAACUGUUAGACUUGAAAAAGAAACAUGUUAUAAAUGCAACACAGUGGAACCUUCUGUUCACUCGUUUUCCAGAUCUUCCAGAUUCUAAAACAUUUGAUGUCACUUUAAUGAUAACAUUACUGAGAAACCUGACAACAGUUUCCUCUCCUGUUUGUGGAUUUGACAAUUUACCAUCUGCCAUGGAAACAAUGCCAGGUGCAGAUUUAGCCAGAAUAAAAUACUACAGGAACUAUAUGGCCCACCUUGGCUAUUGCAAAAUAGACAUAUCCUUCUUCAAUACUGCUUGGAAUGAUAUAACUAGUGCCAUUGAUAGAUUGGGUGGACAGCAGAUGAAGCAGGAGUGUGAUCAUCUGAAAACCAGACCUUUAGAUCAGACCAACAAAGAAAUAAUGCUAGAAAUCAAACGGUCUAAUGAUGAAAUCAGGGAUCUAAAAGAAUCAUUUGAAAGACUAAAGAUGUCACAUACUGAAAUUAAGAAAUCCCAUGAACUGUUACAAGAAGAACAUGCUGGUGUCACAAGAGAACUUCAAAAGAUAAAAACUAUCCAGGAGGACCCAGUACCAAGGAAUGUUAGAGAACAAAUCAACAAAAUACUUGAAGACUGGAAGAACAAUGGAAAGAUGUUUAUUAACACAAGAGCGACCCAGCACGUACUGAAAUGUAUACAGGAGAAUAGUUGUGUAACUAUUACUGCAAGUUCUGGUGCAGGAAAGACAGCAACAAUCCAAUAUGUUGCUUUACAAAUGUCAAUUGAAAAAUACGAUGUUAUUCUUGUGUCCGAUCCAGUUGACAUUACUAAGUUUCACAAUCCGAAUAAGAAAACAUUGUUUGUUGUUGAUGAUUUAUGUGGAAAGUUUUCUGUUCACCAAAGUGAUAUUGAAAAGUGGGAGUCACUUAUUGAGCAUAUAAAAAGGAUUCUUGAAAACAAACAAACAAAAAUAAUAGCAGCAUGUCGAUUACAAGUUUUUCAGGAUGAUAAAUUUAAUACUUUAUCAAUUUUUAAGUCAUGUAUAUGUUAUAUGUUAUCAAAGGAAAUGUGUUUGUCGAAAGUUGAAAAACAAUCAAUAGCAGAGCUUUAUUUAAAAUCAAAAGCCUCUGAGAUUACAGACUUUUAUGAUUUAUACGAUUGCUUUCCUCUCCUUUGUAAAAUGUAUUAUGAUAAUCCUAACUUUGAUGUUGUAGAAUUAUUUCAGAAACCAUUUACCGUAUAUGAAUCAGAAAUUGACAAGCUACUUCAGAUGGGACAUUAUACUAAAUACUGUGCUUUAGCUUUAUGUGUCAUGUUUAACAAUGAAUUGAAAGAGGAAAUAUUUACAGAAGAUGUUGAUCCAGAAACAAAAACUGUUAUCGAGAACACAUGUCAGGCAUGUAAACUGGACCGAGGAGUAUCCCUUCUUGUUAUACAGGAUGAACUUGACUCAUUUACAAAUACAUAUGUUAAGAAGGUAAACAACUUUGGGGAAAGCAAAUAUUUUUACACAGCUCUACAUGAUAAAAUAUUUGAUUUUUUGGCCGUUUACUUUGGACAAAAAAUAACAAAUUGCUUGAUAAAGAAUGCAGAAAUAUGUUUGAUCAAUAAUCGAUUCUUAUUAGAAAAAGAGGUGAACAUGGAUCAAUUAAUUACCAUUAUUCCUCCUAAAUAUCAUCAGAUGUACAUUCAGAGAUUAAUUGAUGAAUGGUCAAAAGGAAAUGUUGGCAAUAUUUUUAAUAAUAUUAAUAUGAAGAAACCUCAGUUCAGAUUAAAACUAUUGUUACAUUUGAAAAAACUUGAUAAAGCAUGUCAAACACAAUUGGCACAAACCUUUGAUAACGAAACUUAUCAAAGGGCAUUUCUCUAUUUUUGGUUUUGUAAGGAUAUAAGAUAUUCUACUGCUUUGUUAAAUUGUUGUUCAAUAGGAGAUAUCCCUUUGAUCAACUGGUGUUUAAACAAUCAAGUUGAUGUAAACCAGUGUACAUUUAGUAAUCAGUCAUCUGUUAUGAUAGCUUCUGAACAUGGCCACAAAGAUAUUGUAAGGCUGUUGUUAGACAGAGGAGCAGACUUAAAGAUAUUUGACACAUAUGGGCAGUCACCUUUAAUGAAGGCUUGUAUACAUGGUCAUAUGGAAAUAGUUAAGAUGUUGCUAGACAGAGGAGCAGACUACAAUAAUUGUGACAAUGCAGGUCAUUCACCGGUAAUGAAUGCUUGUGAACAUGGUCAUACAAAAAUAGUUAAGUUCCUAUUAGACAAAAGAGCAGACUUUAAUGAUUUUGAUAAUUCGAGUCAGUCCCCUAUAAUAAAGGCGUGUGAACAUGGUCAUACAGAAAUAGUUAAAAUACUGAUCGAUAGAGGUGCAAAUUGUCAUAAAGCUGAUUAUUUCGGAACGUCACCUCUACUUAUGGCUUGUACAAAUGGUCAUAUAGAAAUAGUAAGAAUGUUAUUAGACAGAAAGAUAUAUAUUAAUAAAUCUGAUGAUAAUGGUUUAACACCUUUACUUACGGCUUGUGAACAUGGGUACACAGAAAUUGUAGAGAUAUUGUUAAAUAAAGGAGUAGACGUCGAUAAAUCUGAUAAUAAAGGUUGGACACCUAUUAUGUUUUCUUGUAGAUACAAUUAUUUGAAGAUAGUGCAGAUGUUGGCAGACAGAGGAGCACUUUGUGAAAAAUGUGACCGCUGGGAUCAGUCACCUGUUAUGAAGGCAUGUGCACAUGGUAAUACAAAAAUAGUGCAUUUGUUAUUAGACAGAGGAUUAAACUAUAAUACAUGUGAUGAUCUUGGUAUGUCACCGAUAAUGAAGGCAAGUCGAUAUGGCCAUACAGAAAUAGUCAAGAUAUUGUUAGAUAAUGGUGGAGACUAUUAUCAAUUAGACCGAUCACGUGUAAUAAAUGAUUGUGAAUAUGGUAAUACAGAAAUAGUUGGAAUUUUGAUAGACAAGGGGGUAGACUAUGAUAAAGUUGACAUACAUGGUCAGUCAGCUUUAAUGUAUGCUUGUAUAUUUAGACAUAUAGAAAUAGUACAGUUGUUAUUAGACAAAGGGGUAGACUUUGAUAAUUGUGACAAUGCUGGUAAAUCAGCUUUAAUGUAUUCUUGUGAAAUGGGUUUUACCGAAAUAGUCAAAAUGCUGGUAGACAAAGGCGUGGAUUAUAAUAAAUGUGACAAAUACAAUCGAUCACCAUUUUUGGUUGCUUGUCGAAAUGGUUUUUUCAAAAUUUUUCAAACAUUGUCAGACAAAGGAGCAGACUGUAAUAAAAUUGAUAAUCGUCAUAAUACGCCAUUAAUAGAGGCCUGUAAAUUUGGUCAUACAAUCAUUGUACAAAUGUUGAUAGAAAAGGGUGUGAAUUGUGAUAUAUCUAACAUCAUGGAUCAGACGCCUCUAGUUAAGGCCUGUGAACAUGGUCGUACAGACAUAGUAAGAAUGCUAUUGGACAAGGGAGUAGACUAUAAUAAAUCUGACCUUAACGGUUGGACUUCUAUUGCAUUUGCUUGUAGUAAAGGUCAUACAGAAAUAAUAAAGAUGUUGUUAGACAAAAAGGUAGACUGUAAUAAAAUGAACACUUUGAGUCAGUCACCCAUAAUGCAUGGUGUUGUCUAUGGAGACAUUGAAAUAGUAAAGAUGUUGUUUAACAGAGGAGUAGACUGUAACCAAUGUGACAGAAAAGGAAGAUCACUUCUUAUGGAGGCUUGUUCCACCGGGCUAACAGAAUUUGUCAAAAUAUUGUUAGAUAACAAUGUAGACUAUAAUAAGUGUAACAGAAAGGGCUGGUCACCAUUAAUGUGUGCUUGUAGAAAUGGCCAUGAAGAAAUAGUAAAGAUGUUGUUAGAAAGGAAUGUGGACUUAAAUAAGUGUAACAAAUGGCGUUGGUCAGCUGUACUGUAUUCUUGUAAACAUGGUCGUCAAGAGGUUUUAAGGAUGCUGAUACUCAGCGGAGCAAACAUUAAUAGAUGUGAUAAUAAUGGUUGUUCACCUAUUACUAUCGCUUGUAAAGGUGGCCAUACAGAAAUCGUUGAGAUGUUGUUAGAUACUAAAGCAGACGUUAUAAAAUGCAAUAAUAACGGACAAUCACUUCUUAUGUAUGCUUGUAAAUAUGAUCAAACAGUAAUAGUUAGAAUCUUGGUAGAUAAAGGGAUAGACUAUAGUAACUGCGAUAAAAAAGGAAGGACACCUCUAAUGUAUGCAUGUAAACAUGGUCAUACUGGUGCAGUAAGGAUUUUGUUGGACAAAGGAGGAUACUUUAAUUCCAAUUAUGCUGAUGGUUCUUCCCUCAUAAUGCAUGCUUUAAAAAAUUGUCAUAGAGAAAUUGUAAAUAUAUUAGUACAUAAAGGAACAGGCUUAAAUGAAUGUGACAGCAGUGGUCGGUCUCUGCUAAUGAAGGCUUGUGAACAUAAUAAUAUUGAAAUAACCUGUUUGUUAUUAGACAGAGGAGUUGGCUUGAAUAAGUGUGACAAUUUGGGUGAGACACCUCUCAUGAAGGCUUGUGAACAUGGUCAUGAACAAAUUGUAAGUUUGUUGUUAGCCAAAGGAGCAGAUUAUGAUGAAUUUGAUAGAAUUGGUCAGUCACCUAUAAUGAAGGCUUGUGAACAUGGAAGUACAGAAAUCGUAAGAAAGCUGUUAGAUAAAGGAGCAGACUUUAAAAAAAUGGACAAAUCCGGCCAAUCACCUGUUAUGAAAGCUUGUAAACAAGGUCAUGAAAAAGUUGCAAGUUUGUUGUUAGAUAAAGGAGCAGAAUAUGAUAAUUGUGACAUAAUGGGUCAGUCACCUGUCAUGACAGCUUGUGAAUAUGGUCACACAGAAAUAGUAAGGACAUUGUUAGAUAAAGGUGUAGACUUUAAUAAAUGUGACAUAUCAGGUCAAUCUCCUAUUAUGAAGGCUUGUGAAAAUGGUUAUCCAGAAAUUGUAUGGAUGUUGUUAGAUAGAGAAGCAAACUGUAAUAAAUCUGAUGAUAAGGGAAGCACACCUUUAACAAAGGCUUGUGAAAUUGGCCAUACAGAAAUUGUAAAAUUACUGUUAGACAGAGGAGCAGACUAUAAUUACUGUGAUUUUGAUGAUAAAUCACCAGUAAUGAUCGCUUGUAAACAAGGUCAUACAGAAAUAGUAAACGUUUUAUUAGACAGAGGAGCAGAAUAUAUUAAAGUCAACAUGUCUGAUCAGUCACAUGUAUAGGUAGCUCAUUGCAGUGAUCAAAUAGAAGCAAUCGAGAUGUUAUACGAUAGAGGUGCAGACUAUCAUCAAAAAUGACAGUGAAGGCUUGUCAAAUGGGCAUACAGAAAUAACCAAAUUGUUGCUACACGCAGUAUUCUGUAUUCAAAGCAUGUGAACAGGGGUAUACAGGAAUAGUAAAUAUGUUGUUCAAAAGAGGAGUAGACUUUAAUAAAAUUGACGGGACUGGUCAGACAACUUAAAUGACUGCUUGUGAAAAUUGUCACACAGAAAAGUUAUUGUUUGUUAUUAGAAAAAGGACUGGAAUGAUCCGUCAGCUCUUAUGAAGGUUUGUGAACAUGGUCAUACAGAUUCUAUUAUGGUAACGCUUUUUUGUUAAAAGUACAAUAUGCUAUUUUUUGACAGUUUUGCUUCAAAAAAAUGUAAAAAGCUACUUUUUAAAUUUCAUACAUUUAUUAACAAUGUAAUAUUGUAAUGCCGUCCACCCCUCUUUUUGAAUAUGCUCUGUUAUUAAGUACAAAUAAUAAUACGGAGAUGUCUGUGAGAUGAUAUGCUAUGCAAAUGAGUCUAUCUAAUAUGAUGUUUGUACUAAUAUUGAUUGUCAAGAUUUAAUUCUAUUGUGUUUCAAAUGAUGUUAUGAUUGGAAUUUACUCGCGGUGACAAAUUUGCAAGUUUGAUCCCGGAGUGCCGGUACCUUUAUUUCUGUUGUUUUAUUUGAGAUAUUAACCUGUUUACAUGUGUUCCUAAGUUAUCCUGUAUGUGUAAUAACUUUCUCGAUGAAUAAAUAUGUUGGUUCUUAUUGAUAUUAAGCUGGAAAACAUCUUUAUUUACAUAAAACUUCCAAUGUUUACAUUUUGAUUUGCCAUUUCGGGAAUUUCCCUAAACAGAGAGAUGGCUGCUGAUUGGCCGAACACAUGUAAAAGCGUCUGUGAUUAUCUGACAGUCAAAUAAAACUGAAAAGAUCAACUACGGAAGGGCAGUGAGUGUUUGUUGUUUGAAAGUUACGGAGCGCCAAAUUUAACAGUCUGAGAAUUUAAGUAUGAUAGGAAAAGUAAGGAAAUUGCACCUAUAUUAACUAUGAUUUAUUACGGAUGCAAGUUGGUGACAUUUUCUAGGUGUAAAUGGUUGGGUGAGAAGUUUAUGUUUUAAUAGUCGGUGACUUUGCUAGGUGUAAAUAGUCGGUGACUUUUCUAGGUGUAAAUAGUCGGUGAUUUAUUUGGGUGUAAAUACUUGGUGACAAUUUAGGGUGUAAAUUGUACCAAUAUUUUAAGUAGUUAUUUGAAAUACAUGUUGUUGAUUUAAGGCUACAUACUUUUAUAAAGUGUUCUUUUAUUGAAGCACAUUUGUAAGCCUGUUCGAGUUAUACGCUACCUCAGUAGUUUGGAACUAAAUUAGUUUUAGUUAACAGAGUGGUGACUCUGGAUUGUUGUAUAUAUGAUAAAUAUAUAUAUAUAUAUAUUAAAUAAGAUAGACCAACCAUACCCUGGGACCCAACCAGACCAAUGACAGAGCCUGUCCAGCCAGAUUAUCCGCGUUUAUAAUUGUCAAAUAAAUAAUCAAAACUGUUAUAUAU